GGACAUACGCUCUUGCAUCUCGGUAUUUCGUAGUGAACUCGCCAUCAGGUUGGAUCGAUCACUAGGGGACAUACUAUCCGCUUCUACGAGAGACAUUGCACGUUAUCUCUAAACUAAAAUAAAUUUUAAGUGCAAUUUCCGGAGGAUCUAUACUGAUUGAAUCGAGAAGAGACUCGUUAACUAUUCUUCAAGAUGGCGCCGAACCUAUUUGGUACCUCGGCGACAUUAUAUUUGGAAGCAUCCCAGCAGGAUGUCCAUCAAGAUAAAUCAACGACAGAAAAGUCGAACAGUCAGAAGGUGCUUCUACAAAAGUCGUCGACGGCUAAACCGAAAUAUAAAUGGAACAUCGUUUGGAGAAACGUGAUCGCUUUUAUUUACCUUCAUAUAGGAGCUCUUUAUGGAUUCUAUCUCUUCUUCAAUGGAACAAAAUUCUACACCUUUCUUUGGACAUUUGCAGUGGCAUGCGCAGCAGCACUUGGUAUCACAGCCGGUGCCCAUAGAUUAUGGGCCCAUCGAACCUAUAAAGCAAAAUGGCCCAUGAGAUUCGUACUGAUGAUCUGUCAAACAAUCGCUUUCCAAAAUCACAUUUACGAGUGGGUGAGAGAUCACCGAGUGCAUCACAAGUUCACCGAUACUGAUGCCGAUCCACAUAACGCUCAAAGAGGAUUCUUCUUCUCCCAUAUGGGAUGGCUUUUGGUACGAAAACAUCCGGAUGUGAUCAAGAAGGGUGCUACGAUCGAUAUGAGCGACCUCGAAGCGGAUCCCUUGGUAGUUUGGCAAAGAAGGUUGUAUCUUUUCCUGAUGCCCCUCUGCUGCUUCAUAAUCCCCAUGUGGGUGCCGUGUUAUUUCUGGGGAGAGAAACCAUUUAAUUCAUGGUACAGCACCGUCUUUAGAUACACUUUGUCCUUGAACUUGACGUGGUUGGUGAACUCGGCUGCUCAUAUAUGGGGCAUGAAACCUUACGACAAAACGAUUGGACCAACGGAGAACAUCAGUGUGGCUAUAUGCGCGUUCGGCGAAGGCUGGCACAAUUACCAUCACGUGUUCCCAUGGGAUUACAAAGCGGCUGAAUUGGGAAAUUAUAGGACCAAUUUCACCACCGGAUUCAUCGAUGCCUGUUCGCGUAUCGGAUGGGCAUACGACAUGAAAACUGUUCCAGUUGAAAUUGUGAAGAAACGAGCAGCCAGGACUGGCGAUGGAACGAAAUACGAUAAAACGGAAGCCCAUCAUCAUAGCCACGAGAACAUGAAAUGGGGAUGGGGAGACGCGGACAUGCAACCUGAAGAGAUCCAGGAAGUCGAGAUUAUCAACAAAAGCGAUUAAUCAAUCAAUCGUUUACCAACGUUAUAUACACAUAUGAACCGUUUAUUUUAAGAGUGGCGUAAUUCUGUUUCCAAAGAAAAUUACAAAUUGUUUAUAAAUCAAAAGAUCACAAUAUAUAUCAAUUUUUUGUUAUCUUAAUUUUUAAAAAAACAUUAGACUCGCGCCAUCUUCAAAAUGAACGGUCCAUAAAAUAUAAACAUUUUCGGUUGGAUUUGAACGAUUGAUCGCUUAUCGAUCAGCGAUCGUUCGUUCACUACGUCAAUUAAUAUUUAUUGGACGUGUUGUCAAAACUGUUUAUUCUUAUCGAAGAGUCGACUGUUCGAGAAAUAAAACCAAAAGAAGAAACAGAAAGAUAAGCAAUAACGUUAAAUGGGUUUUUUAAAACAUCUACAUAUAUUGUUUCUUUGGUAAGAUCGAGAUUGAACGAAGUGUAAUGGUGAAUAUAACGAUAGAGAAAAAUGAUGGAACUAUUACAGUCGACUCUUCUAUUGUGUAAUCAAAUGAAUUCGUGGCCUUUCGAUUCAAUCGUAUCGUCGAGUCCGAAGAAUCGAUACCUGUACGAUACCUGGACAGUUGAUCGGUUAAAUCACCUGGUCCUGAUGUAUCUCCAGCGGUGUAGAAUUAUCGUAACCAAAGCACGUGUACUGUAUAUCGAUCAGUAGAUCGAGUAGUUCUUGUAUACACGGGAAAGGCACCUACGCGCAUUGCCAUUGAAUUUUCAAAAUUAUCGAAACUUGGACCAAGAAAAAAAUGAUUUUUUUUUUUUCAAUUUUAUGUCAGCCUCCAACUUGAACCGUUCUUUUGAACAUUCAGUAGAUACCCAAUUUUGUUGAUAAAAAAAUUAAACACUUCUUUUUGAUCCAAGUUUCGAAAAUCAUUGGAAAGAUUCGAUAUAAAGCCGGAAGACUCGAGCUCGAUCUUCGCUUAUUCGUCUUCCGCUAAAAUGUUUUUCGCGAAAUCGAGCCCGAGUCGAGAAACAGCGAUCGUUUGCCGCUUUUAGCGUCAAUUAAAUGAAACGUACAAUUAAAUCGUGGCUUGGAGAAACGCAACCGCCACAGUAAGUGCGACAAUCUAACAUCGACUAUUUGCCUUAACAACUAACUCGCUCUUUCUAUUGUCCUGUCGCACAAAUCCAUGUUUGUACGAUGUAGAAUCCUUUAGAAGAAGAAAGGAAACAGGAAGUAUACGAAAUGAUCCAGAGAUUCUGUGAUUUAAUUUAAUCCUGGAAAGUGAUCGCGAUAUCAUCCAGCGAAAGAUAGGAAUAAUAAAAAUUUUUUUAUAAUAUCAAAAUACACAUUUCAAAAAUAAUUAACUUUUCUUCUGGGUCAUUUCGUGUCGCUUCGAUGCGAACCUUCGAACGCUAUGCGACAAAUUUUUUUAAUUUUCAAUCGUUAAGUCGAUUGAUGGUGAACGCGUGCCUUUCCUUUUCUCUACAUUCUUUAUUGGGUGAUUAUUAUUUAUUUUGUUGCCGAGAUAAAACACUCCGGGGAUUAAUUUAUGUAUACAAAGGGUUAGGGAAGAGCUGAAAUUGUUUCUUCCAGGAAGUACUUCCUUUGAUUUUAUAUUAAUUAAAAAUAUAGUUUGUUGAGAGUAUUCGAAGCGUAAAUAUGGAUUCCUAUGACAAUGGAACUGAUCAUUUUCCUUUUUUAUCUAUCGUAUAGUCUCGGCACAUCGAUACGCAUUAUUUAUUCUAACAGACAUUCCUUUGAAAAAAGACACAUUUAAUUAAAAAUUACAGACUUGUAGAUAUAAAUACAUAGAUUUUAUUGAAAAUCAUUCUUUACCCUGUUACCUACCACGGAAUAUUGUUAAUAAUAAUUUUUGAUAUUUGUAAAAUGUACAGUGUAUCGAUUUAGUUUAUUUAUUAUAAUUUUGUGGUAAUUAGUGGAAAAAAUUUUCUUCUUUUUUUGGUAAUUUAAUACACUCCGUAUAAGAAAAGAAAAAUACUGAAAGCGUAGAAUAUAAGGGAUAUAAAAAUACCGUUGUUUAAUUUUCAUUUUCAACUAUGGACAAUAUCGACGAUUUUCAGUGUAUUUAUAAAUAAAUUAUUGUUAUUCGUAGAAACACGUGUCAAGGAUAGAUUGAACUAGUUAUGCAGUCUCGAAUUGCAUCUAGAGAAGGGUGGAUCAAUGUGUAAAGGUACAUUUCUCAAUUAUUUUCAUUGCAUAAUAAGUUUUUACGAUCCUUGGAGACCCACUUUUGCACCUAGAUGUGUUCUAGACGUUUGCUCAAAACGAAUAUCAACAUUCAGAAGCUUUUUCUCUAUGGUGUUUGAAGCGGUGUUGUAUGCCUUCAAACACGACAGAACGUUUCAAUUUGCAUUUCUAACACUUUCUCUGAAUACUUGUAACAGUAAAAUGAGCAAUAAAACGAGUGGACUGACAGACUUAUUCAUCGAAGAAUAAAAAGUUUGCUGGUAAAUAAAUCAUAUAAAGUAA